AUGUGGCGAUUGUGCGACGGCUGCCCAACGUUGAGACAACUACAGGAGCUAUACUUACGGCAAAACAAGAUCCAAGACAUCAAUGAAUUGCUUUACUUAAUCGAUUUGCCCGAACUCAAGAAGCUAUGGCUGGCGGAGAAUCCGUGCUCUGAGUUCGACAAUUACCGCUCGACUGUACUUAAAGCGCUUCCAAAUCUCGAUUUCUUGGACAACGUUAGAGUCACUCCAGAAGAGCUUAUGCGCGCUGAGAGGGAAGGCUAUGACCUUCAAUGGCCGGGAAGCGAUUGCGAAGACAACGACGAGAUUAAUCAGCAAAUCUUACCACAAGAGUCACAAACAGCACCGGUUAUAGCGUCACAACAACAGCAACAACAACAACAACACGUACCGCAACCGCAACAGCAAACCUAUCAAACACCACAAACCAUUGCAUCACAACCACAACAGAUGACACAAGAAGUGGCGGCUAUUGCCAGCCCUAACGGCAACGGAAACGGCAAUACUUCAUAUCAAAUGCCGAAUAAUACGAAUCAUAACCAGAAUUCUUCCGCAAAUUCCUCUCCAAUCGAAACGACAACACAAUUGCCGACAAGAAAUCAAACAAUGAUUAAAUCAAACUCAUUGUCUGAUUAUAAUCUCUAUAACGAGAUGCCUAAACCCAGGAGUGAAUUUCGCAAAUAUAUCGCCGAUACGGGAGGGCAGCGGAGGUGUAGGUUAUGUGACGCUAAGCUAAGCCUUAAUAUUAGCAGAAAUAAAAUACAUUUCCUGAAGAGAUGCGAGGCUUUUACCCAAGAGAUGAGAGAUCAGUGCACAGACAAAGACUUCGAUGUGACCGACACUCCGGACAACGAGUCUAACGCGUCCCAUGAAUUGAACGCAUUCCUCGACAGCAAAGGAAAUAUAGGGAUAAGUGGUUCGACCCCUUCCUCGGCAGCCAUGGAACAGGUAUUACAUAUGGAACCAAAUGUUGCAAAUUAUGGCAAUUAUUCCGGUUAUCAGAACCUCAAUACUCCUCGCAUUCAAAGCGCUCCCAACGGAUCCGCACAACGAUUACUACCAAAGGGCGGAAAACACAGAAAUGCAAACAUAUUAUCAGCCGUUUUGUGUCUAAUCAAAGAACUGGAUUACGCGAGUCUGGAAGUGGUCGACACAACCAUUCACUGCCGUAUGGAAGAGAUGGAGGACUAAUUGAUUGAUGAAUUAAUUGACACCAAUUAAUAACUUAUAAAUUAUUACGAAACCAAAUAAGCAUUUUAUUGAUCACAACAUAUACUUUGACUGUAUUUCUCUCGACAUUCCUAUAAAUUUUCUAAUAUAUAAAUACUGUGUUUGAAAUCCAAUUCAAUUGUAUUUGCGAUUAACUAUUAAAUGAGUAUUAAUACAGUUUGAUAUCUGUAUAGAA